AUGCUACAUAAUAAUCAAGGAAGAUCUCGUUCAAAUAUCCAUCAAGUCAAAAGAUUGAACCACUUCAAUCGAAAUAACCAUCAUCAAAUCAAAAACUUACCAGCAAAUCUUCUGAAAGAUCAUUUAGUUGAAAGAACGAUGAAUUAUAUAAAAUAUUUUGAUUAUCCAUUAGCACAAUUAUUAACAGACCAUUCAACUGAUCCAUUACAAAAUACCAGCCGACAAUAUAUCGAUACGGAUACAACGAUUUCAAGUGAAGGUCGUUUUGUAAAUCAUGAAAUGGAUAUCCGUCGAAAUGGCGAAACAACAAUUCUUCGGCCUAAACAAGAUCCAGUCCUUGCUAAUGGAUUUACACCAGUGAUUCGACCUUCUUCGAAAUUGCCAUCAUAUCAGUCGAUAAUGUCUCAUUCUCAAGUAUCAUCAGCAUCAUCUUUAUCAAUUAUGAAUAAAAUGUCAGAGAGGAAACAACCUGAACAAACACCGAUAAUCAAAACCAAACGAAAGAAUCGACAUCGACCAAAACGAUGCAAUGAGAAAGUCUUUGAACCACAUAAUUACAACGUUUUCAAUGAGCAAUGUCAACAAACGCCGCAGAAUUCAAAUGUUGUCAAUUUCUUCAAACAAACCCUAUAUGAUAUGAUUGAAGAACCGAAUUACUUUCCUCCACCACCGCCACUGAUGUCAAUUCGGCCUGAAUUUCAUAGUCCGCCACCCAAUCCUUUCUAUCAACCACAUUUUGUCGAUCAACAUUUCAAUCAAAACUAUUAUAAUUUUCAUUCUUCUCCUCCUUCACCGCAUUCCUUAGCUAAUAAUCGAUAUGAAGAAUCUUCGUAUGAUCUUCCAUUCGAUCGUUAUCAUCAACCACAUUCAAACCAUAUUUUACCAUUUGAUUCUUUUUGUGCGAACUCAUAUCAAUCUUCUCCAUACAAUUCUACCCAUUUGUUCAACUGA